AUGGGGUUCUCGGAUGGCGUGAAGUGCCAGGGGCGGGCGAGGGUGAGGGUGUCGGCCCUGGCGGCGGCGCCGGAGAGGGCGACGAUGUACGACGUGCUGGCGGUGGGGAAGGCGGCGGGGCCGGAGGAGAUCAAGGCGGCGUACAGGCGCGCCGCGCGGCGGUGGCACCCGGACGCGUGCCCGGGCGGCGCCGACCGGUUCAUGAGGGCGCGAGAGGCCUACGAGGUGCUCUCCGACCCCGAGCGCAGGCGGGGCUACGACAUCCAGCUGCGCUGUGGCGCGGGCGCGGGCGCCGCCGGGUCCCGCCCCGCGCCGCGCGCGGGCUUCGCCGACUGGGAAGCACAGCUGGCCGGGCUGCAGUGGCGGAUGGCGGACACGCGAGGCGAAACGUGGGGGAGCAGGAUGCGCCGCGGCGCCGCGCAGCCGCGCAGCCGACAUCGUUCUAAUUUCUAA